UUCUUCUUCUUCCAGACUCUGAUAUCUAGUUUCGUGAUGAGCAAUAACAGCAACACAGAUAGUAAUCCUCCUCUUUCUACUUCUCCUUUCUAUUCUCAGCAAGAAAUUGUUGAAGUCUUUCCAGAAUCUGUGAUCCACGCCGGAGACAUCAGUGGGUCUAUUGCUGAAGGAUUUAGUGAAAAGCACAAGAAGAAGAGAUCAAAACUCAUCAGAAUUAGUGGUUCUAAUCUUAAUGUUACGUCAUCUUCGCAAUCAAACAUGUACCCGAAAUUUAAAUCAACAAAGAAACAAGAAGCAAAUGCUCCUCCAAACAACAAUAUUAGACCGUGUAGUGAAUGUGGUAGGCAGUUUUGGUCAUGGAAAGCUUUAUUUGGGCAUAUGCGUUGUCACCCAGAGCGUCAAUGGCGAGGCAUAAAUCCACCACCGAAUUAUAGAAAGCCUGUGCCACUGCCGCUUCCACCACCAUCAACAGAGCAGCAGGGAUUAGGAAUAGUAGUUGCGUCAAAUUGGAGUACUAACGUAGAAGAUUAUGAAGCUGCAACAUGUCUAUUAAUGCUUGCAAAUGGUUCAGUUCCGAUAACUGCACAGUGUAUUAGUUGGUACAGGGAUGGUGAUUCAUUAGAUGCGGCAGGUUAUGACGAUAGAGAACCAGAGCCACCACCACAGUUAGGAUUUGUUGACAGCAGUGCUCCAUCAAGUUCGAAUUCUCGAUUUGAGUGUUCUAGUUGCAAGAAGGUUUUUGGGUCUCACCAAGCGUUAGGCGGUCAUAGGGCUAGUCACAAAAAUGUAAAGGGUUGUUUUGCAAUGGCACAGAGCAGUGAAGACGACCCAAACUGCCAACUUGAUCUCAAUCAUGAAACAGGUGACAAACAGGAGAAAAUGGCUAUGGAUUCCAGGCAUAAAUGUGGGAUUUGCUUCAGGGUUUUUUCUACUGGUCAAGCUCUUGGCGGGCACAUGAGGUGCCACUGGGAGAAAUUUGAAGAUGGGCCAUCUUUGCAUCAAGGGCCGAGCACCUCAGCUUCAGCAAGAGAUGGCUGCGUGCUGGACUUGAAUUUUCCUCCUUAUCCUCCACCGGUGGAGAUUGACUCCGUAAUGCACACAGGUUUAAACUCUUCUUCUGCUUCAGAAAUUGGUUUGGAUUUAACUUUGGGGACGAUUUUAAGGAAAUAGAUUAGCACUAUAUUGUAUAAUGUAUAUGUAUAUGGUCUUAGUAGUGUAAUUUGUGACAGCAACUCUCAUCUGUAAUGGCUUUGCAUUUUGUUUGUUC